CUGUCCUGCUGAGUGUCAAUCAGUCGCUGUUGGCAGCAGCCAUGGCUGCGUGCAAGGUGGCCAGCUUCCGGGGAGCCCUGCUGGGGGCACUGCUGGGAGACUGCCUCGGAGCCACGUUCGAGGGUCUCAACACGACUGUACGGAGUGUGUGCCAGUUCCUGGACCACCUGGACAAACGGAGCAAGGAGGGGAAGGAUCCUCUGAUGUACACAGAUGACACUGCUAUGGCAAGAUCGAUCAUUCAGUCAGUACUGGCCAACAAACAAUUUGAUACAAACGAUCUCGCUGAAAGGUUUACUGAAGAGUACAAGAAUGAUCCUGACCGUGGAUAUGGCAUGGCAGUGGUACAUGUGUUUGAAAAGAUUGAUAGUGGCGAGUAUAACAAUGUGUUUAUUCCUGCCAAGGAGCAGUUUGAUGGCAGAGGGUCAUACGGUAAUGGAGCAGCCAUGCGAGUGGUAGGAAUCCCACUGGCCUACCCCAGCAUUCAGGAUACCAUAAAGUAUGCUAAACUCAGUGGCCAGCUGACUCAUGCCUCAUCUCUGGGCUACAAUGGAGGCAUCUUACAGGCCCUAGCUGUGCAUUAUGCGUUGCAGGGGGAGCAGAGUAAGGACACUUUUCUGCAGCAUCUUCUGGAUCACAUGCAGGAGGUAGAAUCAGAUGAAAAAUCCUGUUCUGAUGCCAGAGCGCUGGAGCUCGGAGAGUUCCCCUUCUGUAAUAAAUUAAAGAAAAUUAAGGAGUUUUUAGAGAAAGGAAAUGUGUCACAGGAUAAUGUGGUUGAAGAACUGGGUAAUGGAAUUGCUGCCCUGGAGUCUGUCCCCACUGCUAUCUAUUCAUUCCUGAGAUGCAUGGAUCCUGUGGAGGAACUACCCCAAGAAUAUAACAACCUACAACGCACUAUUGCCUUUUGCAUCUCACUAGGAGGGGAUACAGACACUAUAGCUACCAUGGCUGGGGCUAUUGCUGGAGCAUACUAUGGGGAGGAACAGGUUCCACUCAGCUGGAAGCUCUGCAGUGAGGCAUAUCAAGAUGCUGAAUUGUGGGGAGAAAAGCUACAUCAGCUGUACAGCACACGAAUGCAGAGUUCAGGAUCUUAAGUAUAACGUUGUCACACUUUGGAGUGUUCAUUCCUGCCUUUUGCAGAGUGGCGACUUGUCCAAAUUCUACUAUAGAUUGCAGUGACUGCCGAUUGUUAACAACACAUCAGAUGUAUAUGGGCCUUUGACAAUAAUACAGUAAUGCUUUAAGUAAGUCAUCACCAUUUAAAUGAUAUUUGUUUAUGAAUGAGCAUUUAUUGGGCUCCACAACAAUAACAAAAUGAAGACAUUAACCUUGCUUGUAGAACCCCACUCUUGAUGGCAAUAUCCCUGUGUUACACUUCUUUCAAUUCAACUUCUCACACAUUGGUCAGCUUAGCUAUUUGGAGUAGUGUCUUGAGCAAAGUGUUGAAGUCUCCUGACCCUAAUUUCUGUUUUUUUUUCCUGAUUCAAAUCAAGGUUUGAUUUGCUCUGAAAUUUGAGCUUUACAAGGCAUUCCAUUAAACUUCCUUAACCUCUUAAGGACACAUGACAUGUCAUGAUUCCCUUUUAUUCCAGAAGUUUGGUCCCUAAGGGGUUAAAGGAUCACUAUAGGGUCAGGAACACAAACGUAUUCCUGACCCUAUAGUGUUAAAACCACCAUCUAGCCCCCCUGGGCCCCUUAUGCCUCCAUAAAAAUAAUACAAAUCUUACUAUAUUCAAGCCUGAAGCUGUAAAUCUGCAUUCUGUUAGACUCCGAAAAACAAGCAGUCUGCUGACAUGUGGUAGCCUGAUCCAAUCACAAUGCUUCCCCAAAGGAUUGGCUGAGACUGACAAAGAGGCAGAUCAGGGGCAAAGCCAGCACAAGCCAAACACAGCCCUGGCCAAUCAGCAUCUCCUCAUAGAGAUUAAUUGAAUCAAUGAAUCUCUAUGAGGAAAGUUUAGUGCCUGCAUGCAGAGGGAGGAGAUACUGAAUCACAGGAUGUUGUGCACAGUGCUGCCCUGUGCCCUGCUGACAGCAGAUCUGAGUUGAUGGAGGCAUAUUAUGUUCACUCUGAGUGACUGGUUCACUCUGAGUGACUGCAAUUGGAGGUGUUCCUAGCUUUCAAUGUAAACACUGUAUUUUCUCAGAAAAUACAGUGUUUGCAUGAGAGAGGCUGGAGGGAGCUAUAGUUCUCACCUGAACAACUUCAUUAGGCUGAAGUUGUUCAGGU